CUAGAGCUGCCCUCUUCGAUUUCCUUGGUGAUGGUAUCUUCAACGUCGACCGUGAUUCCUGGAAGUUCCAGAGACAAGUUGCCAGCCACGAAUUUAACACCAAAUCGCUCCGCCGGACAUUCUUCAGAGGCGGAGUUUGCCCAGUCAUUUGACGACGGCACCAACUUGAGCAGUGAAAGAGUCCGGGUUUUUCACCCGAUACUAUGGAAAAUCAAGCGGUUAUUUCGAAUUGGAUCGGAAAGAAGACUCAGAAUUGCAACGUCUGAAGUCCGCGAUUUCGCUAAGAACAUCGUAAGAGAGAAAAAAACAAGAACUCAGACAGAAAUCCUCGCUCGAAUCAGUGGAUCUUUUAUCCCGAUUCUUGAGUUCUGGCAAUUCCAAUGAAAAUUUCGUUACUGAUAUAGUUAUCAGCUUCAUCCUCGCCGGUCGUGACACCACCUCGGCGGCGCUGACGUGGUUUUUCUGGUUAAUUUCUAGACACCCAGAAGUUGAAUCGGAAAUUCUGAAAGAAAUUAGAGAGAAAUCCGAUUCGCUGAUUUUCGACGAAGUAAAGGACAUGGUUUAUA